AUGGCCCUUGACUCCUCACCACAUCCCCUUUUUCGUCGAUGCGUUCAGUGUCCGCCAGACCCUCCAAUCUGCCCGUCAUGUGCAUUUGACGAGACAUGCUCCCUGACGGCACAGUCAUGCGAUUCCUGCGCCUCUACCACGUGUGUUAAGAUUGGCUCUUUACCCGGACAAUCAGCGCCGAAGAAAUCUACACCUGUUGGCCCAAUCGUUGGAGGUGUGGUGGCCGCUGUUGUUGUCCUGGCUGUCGUUGCUUAUGUGGUUUAUCGAUUCUUCUUCCGCAAGAAACGGCGAGCUCCGGCAUGGGAUCCGCCGGAGAAGAGGGAUCAAUCGACUUUGCACCGCGCUGACCGUCAGUCAACUCGGUCUGCGCAUUCGAUUGCUUCAACAGUUUUCACCCGUGCCUCGAACGUAAUUCAGAUCGCUUAUAUUCCCGGCGUCACCGUUCGAACACCGCCCGACUCUCCAGGCGUUCAUGUUCCACCAGUACCUGCUAUCCCUGGAAGCCUUGCCGGUAAUUCUGCGGCCUCGUCACCACAACUUGAGCAACAUUUCUUUAUGCCGAGGGAUCUCAGAGAUUCCACUUGGUCCGACACCUCUUCAAUUGAUCCAAGAUUCAGCGUCGCACCCAGCCUGGCUCGGGCAAGCGUGGCUACCACCAUAUAUCGUAGCGAUGCCAUUGUACCCCCCGUACCGGCAGUGCAGGCUUUCCGAGCACAGGCCAAUGUUGUCAGCGUCAAAUCAGGGACUACCACGCCAGGGACGUCGUCGACGCCCAGUUCCAGGACGCCACAGAUUCCACAGGUGUCCAAAAUGGGCAGCAGUAGCAGUUCGAUCGUCGCGAGAAACGUUACUGCGCGACCCAUCGAGGUCAAGAAGGUCAACUCCGCAAACAGGGUGCCAACGCUCGCAAAUCUGGCUAAAGAAGCUGCUCGCAAAAGCAGCACCGGGAUGAGCUCAAAAGAAAGUGUUCAAGUCUUUGUUGACGAGAAAGAAGUGGUUGUUACACCUGCUGCUACCACUCCCAGCACAUUUAUUGACGAGACACCGAUUUCACCUCUUGUCAUACCAAGGCAGCCGUUUGCGGCAAAUCACUCGGCAAGGUCGUCGUCCGUCAGUGGACUCGAGAACUUCUCCAGGGGCCCUUCGAGUGGGACGACACAUAGACACACGGGCAGCGCUACGCUGAGCGCUCUUAUUGAGGACUCGAUCAACCGUGCAAGGGACCCUCAGCACAUGAAUGUCACAAGCCCGACACUUCGGCCACAGCUCGUCAAGCAUGACUCUGGGCCGUUUUCUGACGCCAAUGAAGUGAAGGAAAAUCUACCUUGA